CUUUCAAUGCCAUCUGUUGUGUGAAAAGCGAGUCAUUUGUCAUAUAAUGAGAUGACAUGUGUUUGGCGUUUGAAAUACAUUUCAAUUGAUUUGAUGUCUUGUUUUGGAUCAGUUAGGGAUUACUUAGGAUUCAAUUAAUGUGAUGUCAUAUCCUGUAAGUCAUAAGACUGUUGUUAUAUUAGAUGAAAGCAACUAUUUUUUGGAGACGAGUUGUGACCUGACGUUUGAUUUCGAUGUCAUCAAUAGAAGUCGUCAGCCGUCGGGAAUCAUCCCUUUAUGUCCAAUAAGUAAGACAUUGUGGACCUGUUGUGUUGAAGCCAUCGCUGAAUAUUGUCGCAUAGUUUGGGAUAUUUUCCCAAAUGGCGAGCGACUCAUCCGUUUGGUUGUUUGCGGACCCGAAUCGGCCACUCAUUUGAAUGACUGGAAUCCCGAAGUUCAGUCUUUGCAGAAUUGUAUGCAAUGGUUGGCCAAAUGCGGGACAAUUGCACACUUGAAGGCCAAUCAAUACAAACCAUUAGAAAAUUGUCAAAUUAUUAAUGGCUUUCAUAAGGCUAUAGAAGCGCUUUCAAUGCCAACACAACUUCAACAAUCAAAAGAGUCGUCUAAAGAGUGGCCAAAUAAGGGCCGAAUUGUCUGUAUUUCUGCUUUUUCUAACGAUUCACACAUCAAAUCUGUUGUAGAAUCAGUUAAAGACAUAAUUAUCGAAAACAAUGAAUUAAUUUCAAAACAAAGAAGUGUUGACACAAAUUGUCAGUUAAUGCCAAUAACUAACUGUGAGUUAGUCUUUAUUAACACGUUUCCAAUUGAAGACCAGUCGGCGAUAUCGAAGAUAAUUGAAAUACCGAAACAUCAAUUGAAUGCUUAUAUUUCAUCGGAAGUUCAUUCGGUAAAAUCUGGUCGCUUUCUGGCCGCUAAGCUCUCAUAUUUAGUGUUAAAUCACUAUGACUUGGCCUCGACUACAGUGAGUGGUAUACCAAUGAAAGAGGAACAGAAUGCAAGUUCUUCAGCCAAUUAUGACGUCGAGAUUGUCCACUCAACCGAAGCACAUACAGACUCAUUCAGAUCUGGUCUUAUAAGUGACGGAAUUUGUAACAAAACAUAUCGCGAGGGCUUUACAUACGAUACAAUUAGUCUUAAAUGGUGUACUCCGAGGACUAAUGCAGUAGAGCUUCACUACUGUACCGGUGCUUUUCGGUUCACUUCAGUUGAUGUCAAUAGUCGUCCAUCCAGUUGUCUCACAAAUUUCCUAUUGAGUGGACGGACUGUAAUGUUAGAAAUGCCGAGAGCGAGAAACUCCAAACUAAUGUCACAUAUGUUAUCGAGUCAUUGCGGGGAACUAUACAUUCAUACAUUAGGCACCGGUAGAUCAACUCUAGAAGAUCCUCCUUCGAUUAGUGAGGGAAGUGGUGGCCGAGUCACUGAUUACCGAAUUAAUGAUUUCGGAGAAAUGAUGAAAAAGAAUCGAUUAGUUCCGUGUCGUGUCAUUCAAAGUAAUAAUAAGGAUGUCUUAAUGCCCAUUGAAAAAGCAAAACAAUCUUUGGUUAAACAAACUAUUUAUUGGCCACUUGUCAUCGGUCACACCAUUCUAUUUAAUAUUCAAAUGCAAUUCCCGUCAUUCCUUAGUUUAAUACCCAAAGAACACUUGACUGAAGAAGAAGUACUUGAAUGCAAGAAAGCAAUCUAUCAUUUGAUGGGAAUGGAAAAUAAAGGCACUAAUCUUCCGGUGCCUACAAUUGGUAUCAAAGGAAAAGGACCGAAAAGAGAAGAAUUAUAUAGAAUGUUAUGGAAUGAAAUGGAGUUUUUUGUCCGAAGCUAUUGUGUGACUCCCGAACAUCAAUCGGUUCUUUCGUGUUUACUCGAGUGCCGAUCGGGUUCUCUCAAAUCAGACACUCACUUAAACUCCGCUUCAGUCACCCGAACGACCAAUUCUGAAACAAAUGAAGAGUUGACUAAAAAACCGACAAAUGGUGUCAAAAGUAGUGUCGAUAGUGAGUGGGCUUUCAAAGAGUUGAAUUGGGCCCGACAUGAACUCAAACUUAUGAGUGAAAACCAAACUACUAAUAGUAAGGCUUCAGAACCACAUUUGAAAAAGUUUAAGUCAAAUGUCAUGGACUCGACUACUAAUGGUUCCCUAUCUUUGCUAAGCAUUUGGACGAAUAAACUGAAUGAAGAAAACUCAAAGAAACGUUUGGAAUUCGCCGGUCGGACUAAUUGUGACUCAAAUAUUGCCAAACUUUAUGUAAAUUUAAACGAAAGUAAAAAUGAUAAUCAAUAAUAACAUCUCUUUCUAAUAAUUAUGGC